UUACUAUACCAUGAAGCAUCAAGAUACACUGGUCAGUAUUAUUUUGGCGCACAGAAUACAGAUACAUACCGUAGUGAAUGUAGGUGUGGUUGUUUUAAAAUUGGAACGCUGCCCGGUGCGAUUGGCGCUUUUCCGCUCAGUCCUUGCGCGUCUCAAAUCGUGAAUAUUUCGAAAAUUCUUCGUCGCUCUCCACAGGACGGUGAAAGUUUCGUAAUGAUCGAAAAUCGAUAAAAAAGUGUCUCGUGGUCUGUGAUUACAAGGCGUAGAAGAUGGAUCGCAUCACGUUGUCAUUGGAAGUUUGUUUACGUCUGAAGCUGAGACGGCCAAAAUAGAUUCUUUUAUUAGACAUCUCUUUGACCCCGAUUCAAUAAAGGCGUUUGUUAUCGGGUGCGUUAACGAAAGUUAGUGCAGAUAUAAGGAGGGAUUGUGGGAAUGAGUGAAGAGGAGCCCGAGAACUCAAUUACCAUUACUGUUCCUAUUAUAAAAACUGAAUCCGAAGUACAAACCGAAGGAAGAUUAGUGACCAAAACUCCUGAUAGAGAAAUGAAAGACAUGGAGUCUUCACAAGAUAAUGCAGGCAUGUCUAUUAGAAAGCGUAGAAAUUUAUCCAAAAACAGAGGACAAUCGACUCGACAACGAGAGAAAACACCUGAACCAGGAAGAACUUUAGCUCCUCAUGAAGACACGACGACAUCUGAUGAUGAAGAUAUGAGACCGAUGCGUAAUUCAAGGGAAAUUGAAGCGGAUAAUACGUACGAAGAAAUGAAACGUCUCGUCCAAGAACAAGCUUGCGUCAAAGAUCCAGUCUACGAUUUGGAUACUGACAAACUUAUGGAAGAAAGAGUAGUAGCAGCCAACGAAAGACGGCGCAGAAGUAUUUCACCUUUUGCAAUUCCAGAAAAAGAAGAUACAACUAAAUUGGAACGCAAAGGAAGUUUUAUAGAUCCGAGUACUAAGCUUUUAUCAACAAACUACAUAGUGAGUCCUAAAGACGAGGAACCUACGCGCCGCAGUUCUCUGGCCUCUGAAACACCGAAAGAGUCAAGGCAAUCACUUUCACCACUUCCCAUGAGUGGUUCACCAAAAGAUAAAGACUUUCCAUAUUCUUUGCCCUCGACACCUAAAAAGUUAGACGAAAUAGUCUAUUCUGAUAAAAAUAAAUCAGAAAGUGUUUCAAAAAAACCGCGGACGCCCCUUAAGAGUGAAAAUGUUUUCACUUUUGAUGAGAAGGAUACAAAACAAAUGAAGGCCGUAGCCAAAUCUUCAUCAUCAUCUGAAAUAACGACACCGUCCGGUGAACUUGUCACUAAAGUUAUACAAAUUGAACGUUCUCCAAGUAGGAAAUUACAAACAGACAAAAAACCUAUUGUAGAAGUAAGAGAACGAAUAGUUAGAACACCGAGCAGAAAAUUAACAGCCGAAAAUAAACCUACUGUUGUUAAACAAGCUCACAGGCCAAGCAGAGAUGAGCCACAAAGCAGAGUCCCGCCUGUUAAACCUGCAAGAAGCAAAUCAGCAUCAAGAUUCGGGAAUAAGACUAGUGAAAGUGAGAUGAGUGAGGUGGACCAAGCAAUGCAAAAUAAUAUGAUCGCUGCUUCUAAGCGCAAAGUGACGGCAACGCCACGGCGGUUUGUGAAACAUUCACCAAGAGCAAAUAGAUCGCAGUCUAUGCAUAGACCUGAAGAGCUAAAAGUAGUUGAUAGAGCUGGAGGAGAUAUGAGUAAGACGAGCCACGAAAUAAUAGAAUUGAUGCAAAAAGCUAGAGCUAGGAGUUUAUCUAUACCUAAAGACGAUCCGAGACUUCCACCUGAGUAUAAAGAUUAUCACAGAAAUUUGAAAACUCCAAAUAAAACUCCUUCGACUACUCCGAGAAAUUUCAGGGGUAUAUCAUGCCCUAAAACAAUACAAAUUAUUAGCGAUAGUGAAAUAUUAUCUGGAUUAAAACCUGAAGCAAAAGUUGACAUAGAACAAGGUAAACACAGCAGACAAAGUUCAGGAUACAUUGAUGCUAGCCAGUCAGAAUAUACCUCGAGUUGUUAUUCAUCUUCGCCAAGUGAAAAUGAAUAUGAUUUUGAUUUAUCUGAACGUACAGCGGAACUGACCCGAAAAUUAAAUAUACUGAGUCAAGAAGUUGAUAAACGUGAAACUAUAGACAGCACAAUUUUAGCAUCCGAUAAUAAUGGCAUGGAAAAACAAGAACCUAAGUCUGUACUUAGAAAGAGGUCAUUGGUAGAUGCUAAAGCUAGUUCAAGAAAAGACAGUAAAGAUUCAGUGGAGGAAAAUAAAGUAAGACGCAAAACAAGUAAAGAAAAAAUAAAGAAACUUACAAAAUCUCGUUGGAAAAUCAUAGCUAAUUGGCAACAAUUCAAAAUGGAGCAAAAAAAAUAUUAUGAACGAACAAUAAUGCUAAGAAACAGAUGUAUUUGCGAUUUAAUGCUAUUGAUAAUCAUGUGUGGGUUAGGCGGUAUGAUGUUUAAAGCUUUAGAGGGAUCGUUCGAGAACGCUUAUAAAUGUGGAACUAGGAACGUGAAAAGAGAUUUUAUCGAAAGUUUAUGGCGGGGUAGUCAUUACUUAAGGGAGGAAGAUUGGAAAUCGAUGGCUCAAAAGUUAUUUGAAUUUGAAAAUCAGUUGCAUACAGCGCACGAGGCUGGCGUUACAUCAUACAGCGGUCAAAGGUCUUGGAAUUUCAUGAACUCUUUCGUCUAUUGUUUGACCCUAAUAACAACUAUUGGUUACGGUCACAUCGCUCCAAAGACGACGUACGGUCGGGUAGCGACCAUAGUCUACGCCAUUGUCGGGAUCCCGUUAUUUUUGAUCGUGCUCGCUGAUUUCGGCAAAUUAUUCACGAGAAUCAUAAAGUUCUUCUGGGCUUUCAUCAGAAGAUUUUACUACACAAGAAGCUGCAGGAAGGUCAGGAGGACCGUGCCUGUUCAGGAGGUAAUGAAGGGUCUAAAUAUUGUUUAUGACGUGGUGCGACGGCCAUCGCAGAUCUUUUCGGAGGAAGAUGUAAUGCCAGAUCAUCCGCCACCAGUACAAAGGAGGCCAAGUGACUUACCUCCGCCACUACCACCGAAACCAGGCUCAGCAAGAGAUCCAGAAAAUGACACGGAACCAGACACACCAGCACCAUCAGUGUUCGAAAUAGACGAUGAAUUCAACUUGCCAAUAUCAGUAGCUAUAUUCAUUCUAGUAGUUUACAUAAUUAUUGGCGCGGUAGCGUAUAAUUUGUGGGAGACGUGGAGUUUCUUCGAAUCAUUCUACUUUGUCUUCAUAUCUAUGUCGACUAUAGGACUUGGGGAUCUUGUACCAGACCAUCCUAUGUUUAUGAUGGCUUCUAUUCUUUACUUAGUGUUUGGUUUGGCACUAACAUCUAUGUGUAUUAACGUUGUUCAAGUGAAACUGUCUGAUACUUUUAAACAAGCGAGUGCUAAGUUAGGAGCAACUAUUGGUUUGAAAGUUGCUGAAGAAGAUGGUAGUUUAGUUCCAAUCACGCCUCCACCAGUCGAAAUUGUUCCCGUUCAUAAACCAAAGAUCGAUACAGGGGAUAGCAAAAGUAAAGAAGAUAAUCAAAAUGAUGCUAAGAAUAGAUAAAAUUCGAAUGUGUUCGAUGAUAAAGGAGCUUAUGGAGUAAA